UUUUCAUUGAUUAAUUUAUAGGCUGCCAUUGGUACCAUGGAUGGGAUCAUUGACACAGUUUCUGCACAACAUCCUCUCUUGCCUUUGAUUGGUUUGUUGAAGUCUCAUGGAAAGCUUGUUAUGGUUGGUGCACCAGAAAAGCCUCUUGAGCUUCCGGUUUUUCCUUUACUCAUGGGAAGGAAGAUGGUAGCUGGUAGCCUCAUUGGAGGUAUGAAGGAGACACAGGAGAUGAUCGAUUUUGCGGCCAAGCACAACAUAACAACAGAGAUCGAGGUUAUCCCAAUUGACUACUUGAACAAUGCCAUGGAGCGCCUUGCCAAAGCAGAAGUCAGAUACCGUUUUGUCAUUGACAUUGGAAACACACUAAAGGCCAGCCCUUAAAUUCUGCAACCCAGACUGUUAUCGAUGUAGAAACAAGAACAGAAGUCGAGACUGAUUCGGGGUCAUAAUCAGUGUUGUUCUUUCUCCAGAGCAUUUUUUGUUGUUCGCUACGUACAUUAAUUCAUUCAUUCUUCUUCUU